CACGUGUCAGGGCGGGGCGAGGCAGCGCUCGGGCUGGGCAGGGCUGGAGCUGCUGCGCGCUAGCAAGGGAGCGAGCGAGGCAGCGGCAGGCAGGCAGGAGGGCGAGCGAGCGAGCGAGCGAGGAGGCUGCUGCGGCAUUGACGGCGCCUCGCCUCUGCCUCCUCCCCUGGCCAGCAGCUCAGUGCCCCGCGCCACCUCCCACCGCAGCUGCGUCGCCGGGUCCAGGCGGGAUGGGACCCCUCCGGGAAAGCAGCAAGGAGCACAAAAUGCAGGACAAGGAGAUCUGCCGCAGCCGCAUUCCUCGCCUGGUCCUCCGGCCUCAUCUCCCCCAGCAGCAGCUCCGCCACCAGAAAGUGUCCCCGGCGUCCGAGUCGCCCUUCUCGGAGGAGGAAAGCAGAGAAUUCCACCCCCUCAGCUCUUCUGGAGGGUCUGCAAGGACCAUCAGCAGCAACAGUUUCUGCUCAGAUGACACAGGUUGCCCCAGCAGCCAGUCCGUCUCUCCAGUUAAGACUCCUCCUGAUGCUGGAAACAGUCCAGUUGGUUUUUGUACAGGCAAUGAUGGAGGAGACUACACAAGGAAGAAAUUUAAUUCGGGAACAAUGGGGGAUGGAACUCAACAGCCGGCUCGAUAUAAGAAGGAAACAAAGACAAGCUUCAUAAAGCCAGGUAAGAUCACUUUUGCUUUGUCUCAUGAUGGUCAGAAUGUCUCUAAAAUUGCGUGAGAUACCCACUGCUUG